GGCGUCUUUGGACUGCUGCAACUCGUCGCAUUCGUCGAAUUGGUGCGAUCGCACGUCCCGUCGAAACAGUUCAAACUGCUCCUCACAGUCGCCGUCGUCGUCGUAUUCGGUCUGGCAUUCUCGGCGCUGGUGGCAUUGACGUAUGGAGGGUACAUUGCACCUUGGACAGGCCGAUUCUACAGCUUGUGGGAUACGGGCUAUGCGAAAAAGCACAUUCCCAUCAUCGCCUCUGUCUCCGAACAUCAACCUCCAGCCUGGCCAGCAUUCUUUUUCGACCUGGAGAUGCUCAUCUUUUUGUUUCCUGCGGGCGUUUACCUGCUCUUUAGGGAGCUGCGCGACGAGCAUGUGUUUGUCAUCCUGUACGCCGUCAUGGCUUCCUACUUUGCAGGCGUCAUGGUUCGCCUCAUGCUCACCUUGACGCCGGUUGUUUGCGUCGCCGCUGCCGUCGCCGUCUCCAUCUUGCUGGACACGUAUCUCGACCCGCACGAGCCGGAAGCGCAUGCGAGCGGGGAAGAGGACGCGGUGCGAGAGACGACGCGCGCGCACCGCGGGACGCGAGCGCCCACGCGGGCGCCCACUCGCACGCCCGGCGUCUACGGUCUCGACACGCGUAUCGUCGUCAGCGUCUACACCCUCCUCCUCCUCCUCGUCUUUGUCUUGCACUGCACAUUCGUCACUUCCACGGCCUACUCUUCGCCAUCCGUCGUGCUGGCAUCGCGCAAUCCAGACGGUUCGCAGCACAUCAUCGACGACUUUAGAGAGGCGUACUAUUGGUUGCGACAGAAUACCGCUACAGAUGCCAAGGUGAUGAGCUGGUGGGAUUACGGCUAUCAAAUCAGCGGCAUGGCGGAUAGGCCCACGCUUGUGGACAAUAAUACCUGGAACAAUACCCACAUUGCCACCGUCGGCAAGGCGAUGAGCAGUCCAGAAGAGCGGGCUCUGCCUAUUCUGCGCAAACACGACGUGGAUUAUGUGCUCAUAAUUUUUGGCGGUCUGUUGGGGUAUUCGGGAGAUGAUAUCAACAAGUAUUUGUGGAUGAUUCGAAUCGCGCAAGGCAUCUGGCCCAACGAGAUCAAGGAGAGCGACUUCUUUACGCCGCAGGGGCAAUUCAAGAUUGAUGAUGGAGCGAGUCAGACGAUGAAGAAUAGUCUCAUGUACAAGAUGAGCUAUUACCGCUUCAAUGAGCUGUAUGGCGGUAGACCGGGUAUGGACAGGGUGCGAGGAACGCAGACUGCGAGCGUCGCGCCGCAGUUGGAUGUGCUGGAUGAGGCUUUUACGAGUUCGAAUUGGAUUGUGAGUGCGCGCGAGCGGCGGCGGCGCGAAGCGGCGAUGGCGUGCGCGUGCGUGCGGCGCCUGCUGACUCCUUUCACGUCUCGCUCGCCCGCAGGUGCGAAUCUAUGCCGUCAAGCCAGAGGAUCCACUCGGAAGAGAUCUCGUAUCCGCCAAUGCAUUCGAAAAGGGCAAGCGCAGGAAACGCGAGGCGGGAAGCGUCAAGGGCAAGAAGCGUGUCGAGAAGCGUGUCGCGUAGAGAGAAAUGUGAUGAAGUGUGCGCGCGUGCGUGUCCGCGUGUCACGCUCUCUUUCUGUGCCCGCGUGCGUGCCCCCGCGCCCGCGCCCCCACCUCAACACGCCAUGACGAGCGUUUGUUUUCAUGGCGACGCGUGCUCGUUUCACGGUUGCGCAAACGCACCCCCACGCCAUGGCGCUCGAGGAGCUGGGGGGGCCAAAUCGAGCGCCGCACACCAGUGGUCGCACCUUUUAUUCUAUUCUGAGCUGCGUGAGGCGUGCGGUCGGUCGGUCGUCGCGUUUAGGAUCGCUGGAUAGCUUCGUUCCGAAGAGGUACAUGCGCGCGCGCGCGGUCAUUUUAAACGGUUUUCCCGAGAUGAAUCACAUUCGCGCUACGUGCACGCGCGCAAAUGCUUGCUUUACGUGUCAUCGCAUCGUGCGCCCUCAGUAUCCAGCACCCACCUGUUUUGCG